GAUUGACUGAACUUGGAAAGCCUUCCCGGUACCCAAUUCGCAAAGUUUAAUAGCAAGCCAAGGUAUUUCUCCCCUCCCAGUUCCAACUUCCAAGCCCCAAGUCCAUAAGUAUUUGCUGCCGCCGGUCAAUAUCAUUUCAGGAAUCUUCUUCAGCACUGCUAACUUUACGCCUCUGGAGUUUCCGCCCAAUUGCAUCCAUGGCUUCUUCUUCAGCACUGUCUAGACUAUCCAAUCUCCAUAACCACCUUCGUCCUUUGGAUUCCAACAAUCAGAUAGAAGGUCUGGUGAAAUUUUCUCCAGAAGUCUAUCAGGCUUUGUCUAGUGGGCGUGCUGUUGUUGCUUUGGAAUCCACCAUCAUUUCUCAUGGGAUGCCAUACCCUCAAAAUUUGGAUACAGCCAAGCAAGUGGAAGAAAUUGUAAGGAAGAAUGGAGCUGUUCCUGCUACUAUCGCAAUCUUAGAUGGGGUUCCUUGUGUAGGUUUAAGUGCCGAACAGCUGGAGCGACUUGCCACUCUUGGAACCAGAGCUCAGAAAACAGCUCGGAGGGACAUUGCAUACGUUGUGGCCGGUAGACGAAAUGGCGCCACAACUGUUUCAGCAACCAUGUUUUUUGCUUCUAUGGUUGGUAUUCCUGUGUUUGUAACUGGAGGCAUCGGAGGAGUGCAUAGGCAUGGGGAGGAAACGAUGGAUGUAUCGUCCGAUCUCACUGAGCUGGGGAAAACUCCAGUAGCAGUUAUCUCUGCCGGAGUGAAAUCAAUAUUGGAUAUUCCAAAAACCCUUGAAUAUUUGGAAACACAAGGAGUAUGUGUUGUUGGUUACAAGACCGAUGAAUUCCCUGCAUUUUUCACUGAUACAAGCGGCUGUAAGGCUCCAUGCCGUUUGGACACACCAGAGGAAUGUGCCCGGCUGAUAGAUGCCACAACAAAACUUAAGCUUGGGAAUGGGGUCCUAAUAGCAGUCCCAAUUCCAAAGGAACAAUCGGCUUCUGGAAGUAAAAUUGAAUCUGCAAUCCAAAAAGCUCUUAAAGAAGCUAGGGAGAAGAAUAUAAUUGGCAGUGCCGAAACUCCUUUCUUGCUAGCAAGAGUGAAUGAACUAACGGGAGGAGCCUCCUUGGCUUCAAACAUUGCUCUGGUGAAGAACAAUGCUCUUGUUGGGUCUAAGAUCGCAGUGGCCCUUGCUCGUCUCAGAGAACACUCAAGCAAAGCUGGAAUGAAUUAAUCUCUGAACCUCUUAGGCGAUGCGGAACAAGGAUCAUAAGACAGACUCGCCCCAUUUAGUCUUUAACCAAGUUGAACUUCACUGGUCAGCCAAAUCGAAAUGGCUGUUGCAUUGUAUGUUUUGGAAGGCUACUUGAGGGAAAUGGGGAGAGCCAACGGAGGAAAGAUCACGUAAGCUGGAAACCGUUCCUUUCAUUCUCUUCGUCCUUCCUCUUUAUUUCCUUUUGGCUUCAACCAAACAUAGCAUUUGGUUGCCAUUUGAAUGCCCUAAAGUUGGAGAUAGACUGGAGAUCUUUAUGCUGGUUUUAGUCAAGUGUCUUGGUCUUGUAGUUGCCGUGGUCCAUCAUGUUGGCACAAGAGGCUGAGUGGAAUUUUGCAGGCUAGUGUUUGUUGCUGUGUUGAUUCCCAGCAUUUUCUCUGUGCAGUGUUUGUCUUCUUUGGUUGACGUGUCUUUUAGGCUUUUGAACAUUUUGUAUCCUUGCAAGAGCAGUGAUUUAUUUUCAUCCAAAGUACUCAUCUAUGGUCUCAUUGUCACUCAACCAUGUAUGUAC